GCAGCCGCCGCAGUCCCGGUUCUUCUGCCCAACCUGAACCACAGUAGCUUCGCUCACCCCCUACGCCAGGGGAUCUGCCGGCCCACCCAGCGCCUCUGCAGCCCCAGCUCGGCUCCGGCUCCAAGAUGUCGAAGAAGCCCAAGAUGCAGGCCACAGGAGACACGCUCCCCGCCGACUGGAGCCCCCUGCGUGUCCCGCUCCUGACCCCGAGGGCCAAAGGGGAUGUGGCCCCCACGGACUGGAGCCCCCCGCAUGUCACAUGUCUGACCUCGAGGGCCACGGGGGAUGUGGUUCCCACCCACUGGAACCCUCCACAUGUCACGUUUCGGACCCCGAGAGCUAUAGGGGACGUGGCCCCCACGGACUGGAGCCCUCCACAUGUCACGUUUCUGACCCCGAGGGCAACGGGGGACAUGGUCCCCACCCACUGGAGCUCCCCGCAUGUCACAUUUCUGACUCCCUGGCCACCGAAAGCCGGCAGGGGGCCCCUAGCCCACAAGUGGGUGGGCACAGUGGGGCCUGAGGGCCUCAGGAGACUGGCCUGCUCUGUGCCCAUGGAGCUAAAGCAAGAGCCCCAUGACUCGGACCCCAUGGAGGACCUGGCCUCACGGGAGGAACAGCUCUGCAGCCCGGCAGGUGCCAGCCAGCAGGCUGCAGCAGGGACCAGCACUGGGCUCACCGCUGAGGGCUCGGAAAGCUAUGUCAACAGCUUAGAUUCCUUGCUGCAGGAAAAGAGGGAACAGGCCCUGGAGCCGGAGCCGGGGCAGCUGCUUCUGCAAGACCCUGCUGACCAUGGCUCCUUGGAUGCCCACGAGGAGGCCGGGCCCCUCACGCCCGAGCACAGGGCAGCCUGCAGUCUGGUCAGCCUGACCGUGGCCCGCCUGGCACUGCCAGAGAGCUCACCUGGCCAGCAGCGGGCAGCCACCUCGCGCUCCGCCUCCGGUGCCAGCUGCUGUGUCCCAGAUCCUAACGGGAGCCCCAAGUGCUACCCACUCCGAGUUCACAGGCUCAGCCCGGCUGAGACGCUGUUGGAGAGGUACUCCAUGUCCCUAGAGGUCAUCCCCUCAGUCCAUCCAGGAGAGGCCGUGUUUCUACCCAGGCAUCGCCCCCUGCCUUGCGACCUGGACUGUUCGCAGCUGGAGCCCCGCAACCACCUGGAAAGGCAGUUCCUCAGCUGCCUGCAUCCAGGGCUCUACAAACUGUCCAUAGCGAUCACUGACAUGAUCCUAGCACCCCUCUCCCCGCGGGCCCAGCAACUCUCCUUCCUGCGCAGUGGCCUCCUGAGCAACCUCUACCUGCACCGGCCUGGCUGCCCUGUGCCCCUGCUCCGGUGGCUGUUCCAGCUGCUGACAUGGCCUCCAGAAGUUUCCUCCGGCGCCUUUGGUCUCCUGUGGGAUCUCAGCGUGGAUGGUCUCUUUCGUCCGUCCGAUGAGGACGUGCACAUGUGGUGCCCCUCAACGCAAGAGGUCAUGGAGGUGGUCUGCGGCCUGGGCACCCACGGCCCUGCUCUGUGCCCGCAGGGGCCCUCUCCGCGCGGCAGGAGAGUGCUUGCCAGUGAGGCCAGCCCGGGCUGGCGUGAGCUGCAGGACACCCGCCAGGAGACCGCCUUGGACAUCAGCCUGAGCUACAUCUAUAAGUUCCUGACACUGUGUGCCCAGGCGCAGCCCAGCGCCAGCCCUGACAGAGACCUCCUGGACCUGAUGGAGCUGCUGUGCAGAGCCGGCCUGGACGUGCGGCUGCGCCUGCUGCCCAACGCCGACCUGCAGCAGCUGCUGCUCCUGCUCCUGCAGAACAUCCGCGAGUGGCCAGGGAAGCUCCAGCAGCUGUGCCGCGCCCUGAGCUCGGUGUCCGACCACCACCACAACCUGCUGGCCGUCGUGCAGUUCUUCCCGGACGUGACCUCCCGCAGCAGCCUGCACUGCAGCGGUCUCUGCCCAGGAGAUCUGUGCUCCUGUGUGGGCUGGGCCCUCCGGGGACAGGUCACGCCGCAUCCGCCCGAGAACAGCGCCCCCACUGCUGAGCCGGAGCAAACUCAGCCACGGGAGAUGCGCCCCCGCUAG